AUGAAUACUGCUUCAACUUCAGAAAGUGGAUCAUAUUCCACAAACCACACCAGACCCUUUUUUUAUGCACAGCCAACAGCACAACAGCCUUUUCCAAAUCCAUGGUACCUCAGUCAUGCCUACAGUCCAUACUGUGUGCCUGCUCCAGGUUUUCGAAGUGGAAAUCCAUAUUUUCCAUUUUAUUCUGUUGCACUCCACGAGUACCCUGGAUUUUUUGUUCCCCAGCAUCCAAUGCACGCAAGAAUUAACAGAAGGCCUUAUUUUAAUGCUCCCCCACCUUCCCCUAUGUUUUAUCAUGCAACAAGAUUUAGACAUUAUAGUACCCCUGGGAAAAAAAUGGAGACUAAAGAAACACAGACUGAUCCUAGACAGCCUGAAAACAAGCAAAAAAAGCAUCAGGAUAUCCGUACAGAAACGAAAGGUUGUGAUGCAGGAAAUAUGGCCUGUGUUUCUUCUGGUAUAGGUACAGAGACUGAAAGUACUUCAGAGAAACAAGAUUCAUCUGGAUCUUCCAUUGUGGUAGACAGAGAGUUUCAUAACAAGAGCCCUUCCAGCUCUACACAGUAUAGAAACCUUCCUACUGGAAGCUAUGCCUUUGAGAAGGAAGAAGUCAGGAUAGAAUAUGGAAAUGGCUCUCCAGCUAUUCAACUGUGGAAGUCCUUUAAAGAAACUAUCCCUUUGUAUGAUGUGGCAAGUGGUAAACCAGUCCCAGAAAACAUAGUGCCACGUGACUUAUUUUCUGUUAGCUCAUGUGAAGGGAUGAUAUAUGGCCCUCAUGAAGGGGAGAAAAUGGUGCCGGGAGCUUAUUUAGAUGACAGAAAAGCUGUUCUCACCUCAAAACAGGGUGUUGAAACUGUGCAAGAAAAAGAGGUCCAAAAUAAUGAAGCAAAGCUGGAUGCGGAAAAGCAGGUGAAUACAAGUCAAGGGGCAAAAUCCCCCCCAGGUGAAACCGUGGCAGUGCAAAUAGCGGAGCUGGCGAGAUCUGUUGGCAUAGAUCAACCCGUGGUUAGACAGGAUGUGGUAGUAGCCAAGAAAUCUAUCUCUAAAAAACCUCCAAGCUCAAAAACUUCUCAAGAAGAGCCCAGCUUUAUUCAACAAGCAGGACUACUUCCAUCUAGUAUGGAGGUAAUGAGUGACUUGAGUUUUCAGCAGAAAAAGCUGAAUCUGAGCCACAGCAUAACCAACGAAAGUCAAACUGAUAAAAGCAUUUGGUGUGACGAAUCCAUGGAGAAGUACGUUCCCUCUAACAGCUGGCUGGCCUGUUUGGACAGUAUGGACACAAACUACAACCUUUGUUUGCCACAAAGGAAACGUCAAGGUGUACUCAGUCUUUCUUCUGAUGACAUGUCCUCUAGAGAGGAAGGUUCAUCAAUUGAUAAUGCCCCAGUGUCUUAUUUUGUCCCUGACUAUGUGCUUCAGAAAAGCACGUAUACGUUCCAGAGAAGUACAGAGGGCUUAGAGAAAGAGAAAAUUAAAAGUGGUGGGUCUCUUAAUGAAGAUGAAGUGGUAGGAAGGGAGCAGAUGAAUGACUUGAAUGACCAAAAUGUCAAAAACUCUUCAACCAUGAAGAUUAAAGAGGCUUCCAGUAAAGGUAGAAAGCUGGGAGCCCUUCCUAGAUCUUCUAGUCGGAAAAAAAUCAAUUCUCUCAAGAAAAAAGCAGCUAAGAGUUUGUCAGAAGUUGAGGACUCUGAGGAAUACUCUGUGAGGGGAGAAGAGGAGGCUGAAGAUGGAGAGGAUGAGGAGGAUGAGGAUGACGAUGACAUGGAUGAAAUUGAAUAUUUCUUUCAUGAAGCCACUCCAUAUGGAAUCUGGACACCUAGUAAAGGAAGUUUCUACCAAGUGGGUCAGAGGGUGUUUUGGAAACCACCUAAAAAUGCUAUACCAGCUCAAUUAAUUAGCUGGCCUCCUCAAGAGAAAAUAAAAACUAGGAGUGGGCUUGCUGAAAACAUUGGUGUGGUUUACAAGCCAAAGGAGAAAGAACAAGGUGAGGUUGUGUACAGUGACUACGGGUGUUAUGGAAGGAAGAGGCCUACGGCAAGAAGAGAAGGACUUGAACACCAGCGAAUGCUACGGAAGUUUUUGGGAGGAUGCCCACCUUUGGUUAAACCAAAGAAGAAAAGAAUAGGCAAGCCACCUUCAAAGCGCAGAGACACGAGAUGUGAGGUGGAAGAAGCAGAGGUGUGGGAGAUGCCCAAAAGCAGUGUACGCAAAGGUCGGUGUGCAGUGACAAGCUAUGAAAAUGACUGGGACAAGUAUUUUUAA